AUGGACGAUUACAAACAGCUCGGGCCAGGUGAGUUGAAUAGUUCUCAGAAAUUCCCCUUUUUGGUCUCGCUAUUACAGUCUCAUGGUAAAUUUAUUAAUGACUUGAUACAUGAGCCACUUCGCGGUGAAACCAACUUGUUUGCGCCGAAUUUUUCAAAGUUGUUAUCUAGACCAGUGAGGGAAAUCGAUGAGUAUUACAAGUCGUUAGAUGAUGAUUUACGGAUCCUGCCGACGGAUAUAAACGAGCUACUAGGAGGAGGAGAAGAAGGAGGAGGAGAAGAAGGAGGAGGAGGAGGAGAAGAAGGAGGAGGAGGAGGAGGAGGAGGAGGAGAGGAGGCUGAGGGUGAGAGUUUUAUUAGUACUGGUUUACCCGAUAUCGAUGAAGCGCUUGGAGGAUCGGGGAUUCCACUUGGUGAAAUAACAGAAAUAUUUGGAGCUAGCGGGUGUGGCAAGUCCCAAUUUGUCUAUCAAAUAAUCCACAACUGUACAUUGAAAUACCCCGAAAGCAAGCCUGUGCAUAUAGCAACUGAGGCAUUUAUGGAAUCAAAAAGAUUACAAGAUAUUUUCAGCAGUGAUGACAGUGUACCGGUAAAGCAGAAAUUGGACCAAGUGUCAUAUAUAUAUUGUCCCGAUUUGGAAAGUCAAGACCAUAUACUAUUCACUCAACUACCAAUCUUAUUAGAUCGAAAUCAAGGUUGUACAAAGCUUCUUGUUAUUGAUUCUAUAGCACAACAUUUUCGUAGAGAAGAUGCAAUGUCAAAUGCUACUUUUUUAACCAAAAAACUAGAAUCACAGUUGGAGGCGUUACGUGAUGAUCAAGAGUUUUCAACUACAAUUUUACCAAAGCAACGAACUCAAUUAAAAAUGGUUGUACACAAGUCACAGAAAUAUGCUACACGAUCAACAAAAGUACAGUAUCUUUGUCAGUUGUAUCGUCAUCUCACUCGGCUAGCAAGGAAGUAUGGUAUUGCAGUAGUAGUUAUCAACCAAGUGAGUGCUCAUACUAUGGACUAUGACGAUAACAAAUUGUUAGAUCAGGUCCUUUUUGAUGAUUUACUAUAUCCGUUAAACUUGGACUUUCAAACUCUUAUUGCAUCCGGGUGGGAUGCAAAAGUGAUUUCCAAGUAUCUUCCACCAACUUCAGUUCGGUUGAACGAACGAGAUUUGGAAUUACUAGAAACGGAAUUCCUUAAUAGUUCCGAUACUUUAAAUAAUCGCUCUUACAAAAGACAGCGAGGAGAAGGUAAUGAAAUAGUUGAAAAGGAUCCAAGGUUUAAUAAAGUGAGGCAGUCGGACCUAUUGGAAACCCAAAAAGAAUUAAUCAUGAAGGCUCAUGAACUACGUAAUAAAAACACCAAAAAAGCAGUACCCACAAUGGGGUAUCCAUGGUCAAUAAGGAUCCAGAAUAAGAUAAUGUUGAUGAAGACGUAUAAACCUAUACUCAAGCUGAAGUCAGAGUUGAUGGAUCAAGAUGCCGAGGUAUCAGUUGAUUUGGAGUCAGGGUUAACAUUUGCAUCAUUGUGUCAGGGCUUUCAUGUCAAUGGGAAAAGAAACCAUUCUAGUGCUGAGUCGAGUGAAGAUGCUUCAAGGACCAGUACUACUGACGAUGGAGAACCAGCCCCGCUGUUACUUAAAGGAUGGCAAGUAGAACGAUUUAUCAAGGUUGUUUCCAGCUCGCAUAAUAUGAGCAAUGGAAACAGAAAUCGUUGCUCGUUUGAAAUUAACAAGCAGGGGUUGAAACAAAUUUAA